CAUCCUCACUGGUAGUUUUUAUCUGAACUCAUUAAUGAUUAAUGGGUAGAUGCUGCUUAAUCCUGUUUAAUGGUCGUGAGUUGAACAAGGAGCAGUCAAGAUCAGAUGGACACUGCAGGCUCCUUUUUGUUGCACUAAAGGGUUUAACGGAAAAUGAAGCCCACUUUGUGUUUUUUGCUGGCUGGACUGUUUAUCGUUGCCCAUUGUAAUCAGCGCCCUUAUCACCCCAAUAAGCAGGAUCAUCCUAAAGGGACGUAUUACCCAGGUCAUAGUUCUCAGAGUGAAGGCGUUUAUCCAGAUAAAAAUACAACCUUUAUCAAACUAGCUCCCAGCAAUGCUGAUUUUGCAUUUGCAUUUUACAAGUUGGUCACAUCUGAGGCAACCAAUCAAAAUAUUUUCUUUUCACCCAUAAGCAUCUCUACUUCCUUUGCAAUGCUGGCACUUGGUGCCAAAGCAGCAACGCUGAUGCAGGUUCUGGAAGGACUUGCCUUUAACCUGAGAAAGACUCAAGAGCAGGAAAUCCAUGAAGGUUUUUGCCAGCUCCUCCACAUGCUGAACCGUCCAGAGAGUGAGCUACAGCUGAGCCUGGGCAGUGCCCUUUUCAUAGAAGAGACACUAAAACCACUACAGAAGUUCUUGGAUGAUGUCAAACGCUUCUAUGAAUCUGAAGUCUUUUCUAUUGACUUUAACAACUCUCCUGGUGCUACAAAUCAGAUCAACAGUUAUAUUGAGGAAAAAACAAAUGGGAAAAUUGUUAAGUUAGUGGAAGAUCUUGAUCCUCUCACUGUGAUGGUUCUUGUAAACUAUGUCUUCUUCAAAGCCCAUUGGGAAAAACCCUUCAGUACUUUAAAUACAAAACAGGAGGAUUUUUUUGUGGAUAAGGAUACGUCUGUAAAAGUUGACAUGAUGUAUCGGAAGGGUUACUACAGAAAUUACUAUGAUGAAGAGCUGUCCUGUUGGCUGGUACAAAUACCUUACAAUGGAAAUGCUGCAGCAUUACUUGUUUUGCCCGAUGAAGGGAAGAUGAAGCAAGUGGAAGAUGCUCUCUUUAAAAGAACUGUGUCUCGAUGGGAAAAAUUCCUCCGAGACAGAAAAAUACAUCUGCACAUUCCUAGAUUUUCUAUUUCUGGUACCUAUGAUGUGAAAAAGAUAGUCAAAAAAGUGGGUAUGAUUGAUGUAUUCACUGAACAAGCUGAUCUGUCAGGAAUUACUGAGGAGCCUGGACUGAUGGUUUCAAAAGUGAUCCAUAAAGCCGUGCUGAAUGUUCAUGAGAACGGCACCGAAGCAGCAGGAGUCACGGUGAAGGAAAUUAUAUGGAGAUCUGGUGAAUUUCCUGCUCCACGGCGAGUCAAAUUCAACAGGCCCUUUCUCUUGAUGAUUCUGGAUAAAUUCACCCGCACCAUCCUCUUCAUAGGGAAAAUCGUAAACCCUCUGAACUGACUGGCCAGAGGACACGCUGUAGCGCUUACAUACAGUGCUGGCUCAAUUCCUGCGGUCCAGCAAAACAUUUACACGUACACACCGCUAGGUACUAGUGCAUUUCUUUCACCCCUUAUCAUUAUAUAUGUUUCUAAUCCCUUAAAACACACACACUAUUUUUCCUUGCCCAGAAGUUACUGGUAUUUCCUCCCUCUCUACAGCUGUGUAUAGCUUGUAGUGUUAAAAAACCAUAAGUCACUUUUCCUGUUUUGUAAUGAGCCCUUUCUGCCGUGCUCCUGUGGGGCACUGGAGAUGCUCAAAGGCUCUCGGAUGACCUGCCUUGCGCUGCGUGCUCAGUGUGCACAGGGGAGGGCAGGGAAGGGACAUUAGGGAGAAGGAAGUGGGAGGCUGUAAGUCCUGUCUGUUUAACCUGCUGACUUCUGACAGCUCAUCUCAAAUGCAGAUCCCCAUAAUAUUGGAGUGAAUCCCAUUCCUUUCUUUGGUUUUUGCCGAGUAUGGCAUGAAGGUUUGCUGCCUGGGACAUUGUAGGACACCCCAAAACUUGUUUAUCAGUACAGCUCUUCUACCUGCCUCCCUCUGUCUCCUCCUGUAUGAAACCCUCCUCCUGACAAGAAGGUUGUUUCACCUUGCAAAUGAUGUUUGUUCUAAAAACAAAGGAAGCAAUAACAGCAAAAAGACUUUCGUUUGUUUUUGUUUUAUUUUGCUAAUAUAGCCAUGUCAAUGCCAGGACAUUUCACGGAGAUAAGAGUACACUGAAGCAGUCCAUGCGAUAGUACCAGUUUCCUUUUAUAGCUUUCUCGUCACUGUCAUUUGUUACUUCUCCUACUGAGGCCGCCUUCACUAUCACAUGUUCCAGCUAGCCUGUCAGACUUGGUAGAAAAGAGAAGGAAUGAAAAAUUAUAACUUCAGAGUGUUUGUAUUUCCUCCCUGGAAAAAACAGAGCUUUCUUAGGGACUUGUUAAGCUGCUUAAACUCAGAUGAUUACCACAGGCACACAAACAAAAUGCAAGUGAUAUUUGAAAAGUCACCUUUCUAAAUAUUAGCAGUGGAUUAUUGCUAUUGAAUAAAAACGUGUUGUGAUUAGAAAUUUGUACUUUUUCA